AGAGAAUGGCGACGGCAAAAAACAUACAUUUUCCUGCAGCCCCCACCUCCUGCGUGACAAAGGAAUGAGCAAAAAUGACAGCGACAGCGGCGACGAUAUCGGAAGCGUCAAAUUUUCUUUUUUCUUAUACACAUUUUCUCAAAUUGAAGAGCGUCCGAUUUUGGAGGGGCCCCUGGCUACGCAAGGGUCUCUUCGAACCGGUUCCUGGGCAUACCCCCAUCUUUCAAACGAAUUUAACUUUGGAUCACAUCACUCGGAACUACCUACAUAUUACGGACUGAGACGACAGACGCUGUCAACGUAGCUCUUGACGACUUAAAGACUUUAGGCACAUGCGAUGGAUAUACCCCGCGAGGCUGUGUGUGUGUGAUGUUGUGAUGAGCUUGAAUCGGCGGCGCUGCUCUUGGGGCUGCAAACAGUAUCGCUUGUCGUUGGGGCUGAUACGGGCCUCAGGUUUGCCCUGUACGUGCGGGCUUGAAGGCUCUGGCUGCAACGUCAGUGAAGGCUGUCACCUCCUGGGGUACACGAGCGCGCGCGCGUGCCAAGGCGGUGGAUGCAAGAUGUCUUG